UCUUCGAAUAAACUUAAUGAAGUUGAUAAAUUUGAGGAUUUGGAAUGGAUAUCGUUGGUCAAUGAGAAAUUGGGUAGAAAGAAAGAUCAUCAAUCGCUAAGUAUCACACAGUUUGAAGCUGCCAUGGAUCGCAUGGAGAAAGAAAGCUUCUUCCAAAGUUCAAAAGAUGGUGUGCAGUGUGGUCCAUCGAUUGAUCAGGAUGCAGUAUGUUGUAUUUGUAACGAUGGUGAUGGCUGCAAUGCCAAUCAAAUCAUAUUUUGUGACCUUUGCAAUAUUGCCGUUCAUCAGGAUUGUUAUGGAGUGCCGUACAUUCCCGAAGGUCAGUGGUUAUGUAGACGUUGUCAGUUGUCACCGUCGAAACCAGUUCAGUGCCAACUGUGCCCAAGCACACACGGCGCUUUCAAGCGGACCGUUUCGAAUCAGUGGGCACAUGUGGUUUGUGCUCUUUGGUUGAACGAAGUGGGUUCUGUUCCUUUAAGACAUUCAGUUGGUUCAGUCAGCGAUAUUUGUUCAUUGAGGGAACAUCUUGAGAGUUUUCCUUCGUAUGCGCUUGUUCUCUGA